UGUUGCGUCCUUUCCUCUCCGUUCUCCUCCCUCGUCUCGUCGCCUUCUCUGUCCCACAAUGCAUUGCGUUCACUCGUUGGAUCAUGGACCAGAACGCAGACAAUGAUCUUCAAGGAAGUGACGGUUCUGGGAGUUUGGGUGGCCCAGAUGUCCGCAGACGAAUCCCUAUCAAACUCAUAUCCAAGCAGCCCUUAAGGAGCAAACCUCAGCCACGCACCCAGAGACCCAGCAGCAGGCCAUCUAAAAGUGAGGCUGGCGAAGAUGAUAACUUUGGAUUCAAGCAGGAGGAGAGGUUUGAUUGUGGAGCUAAAGCUGGUGAUGUGUUUGCAACUCAGAGGAGAUUCCCCCAGGCACUGUUUUGGGACUAUAAGUUAAAUCUCAUUGGGGAAAGGGAUGAAGUACCAAUUCACUUUUGUGAUAAAUGUGGGCUACCUAUCCACCUAUAUGGACGAAUGAUCCCCUGCAAACAUGUUUUCUGUUACGACUGUGCUUUGCUUCAUGAGAAGAAAGGAGAUAAGAUGUGUCCCGGCCUCACCAUGUACAGCUGCACGGACCCAGUGCAGCGCAUCGAGCAGAGCCAGCGUGGUGCCCUCUACAUGUGCAGCGUCGUGCCGGGAUGCAAGCGCACCUACCUGUCCCAGCGUGACCUGCAGGCCCACGUCAACCACCGCCAUAUGAGGGCUGCCAAGUCUUCCACCGGCCGUCAGGAGCCGGUGCACCUGCCCCCGGCGUCCGAGGUCUCUGACCGUUUCCGUGUGCCUCCACCUCACCUUUCCAAAAACCAUGUGCACCUGCCCAACCCGCUCCAGCACAGCAGUCACGACCCCUACAGUCAGCCGCCCCCGCCCGCAGCCCACGAGGCCCCGCCCCCGAACGCCCUCGGCCCAGAAACAUUCCGCAUCUCCACGGUGACGACCCGCAAGCACAGCAAUCUCAUCACCGUGCCCAUCCAAGAUGACUCUUCCUCCCGAGAGCCCCUCUCUGGCGGGCCGGGCCCUGCCCAGCCACCCCACCACCACCCGGGGACUAUCCGGUCAGCCCCCGUAGUGUCCCACUCUCACCACAUGAUGGCCCCACCGCAGCAGCACUUCGGCCCCCCACCUCCCCCACCUCCUCCCAUCAGCCACCCCAUGCAGCAUCCUCCCCAGGCCUCCGGUACGCCACACAUGGUGUACAACCAGGCCCCUCCUCCCCCAAUGUCCACAGCUCCCCCACCAAUCACUCCGCCGCCAGGUCACAUCAUGGGCCCGAUGCCCCCCUACAUGAACCACCCGCCCCCAGGACCGCCACCACAACACAGUGGCCCACCAGUCAACGCCCCCCCACCUCAUCACUACAACCCCAACUCCAUGCAGCAGUUCCCCGAAGACCAGGGCACCCUCAGUCCCCCAUUCAGCCAGCCAGGAGGGCUCAGUCCCGGGAUGUGGCCCGCUCCGAGAGGGCCCCCACCACCACGAAUGCAGGGUCCUCCUCCCCAGGGCCAGAUGCCUGGACCUCAUCACCCAGAUCAGGGCCGCUACCGGCCUUAUUAUCAGUAAACUGCCAACUGAAUGAAUGGGCAACAGCCUGCAUCAUUCUGUUCCAUACCACUCGUCUGAAUAAUGUGAUAGUAGACCUCAGGG